AUGAAUCCUUUCAUUUCACCCUCACCCUCACCCUCAUCCACACCCACCCUCAUGGGCGAAGAACUACUCCAAGAUGUGAAGGUAUGCAAUCAGGAUUUUAUCGAGUUUGAAGUAUUAAACAGAGUUGGCGGUCAAGACGCAAAUAAAUUAGAGACUGCAUUCAUAUAUAGCCAGUUGGUAAACGAAAUUCUACUCAACACGGAAGAUGAAACUGAUGAACAGUUCGCUCGAACAGAUAUGAUCAAUUUUUGCCAUACUCAAUACGCCGAUAAUCCAAAAGAAUUAUUGUUUAUCAAUGACUUUGAACAUAAUCGUGACCCGUCAAAGACACCCGUUUGGUUCUAUACAGAGGAUUCGUUUCUGUACAAAGCGUUGAACAAAGCAUUGCGAACGCGUGAUCUUGAUACCCUGUAUUAUUUAAGAUUUUUCCUUCGGGAACUACAUCAGCAACUAUUUUCUCUUUUCUUAAUGAAAAUGGUCGAUUUUUUUCGUAUGGCUAUUACAGCAUCUGAUGGCCACUCACCGACACUGAGAGUUUUUCGUGGACAAGGUAUGAAUCAGAGUGACUUUCAAAAAUUGAAGGCAAGCCAAGGUGGUCUUCUUACUUUUAAUAACUUUUUGUCAACGAGCAGCGAUGAGACAAUGGCGGCUUGUUUUUCUCAUCAAGCGUCUACUGCAGGUGAUCCCAAUAUUGUUCCUCUUCUGAUGCACGUCGAAGUCGUUCUAGAAGCUUAUGUUGCAAAACCAGUUAUUCAGGCACUUCCACAAUUACUUUAUAGUCCAGAGAUAAAUAGAUGUACCACGGAUGAUGAAAAAAAAAAAAUGAUAGAGUCUAAUCAAGAUUCCGCAGCUAAUAAUAGAAACUGUCCGUUUGCUGAAAUCUCACAUUUAUCAGCAUUUCCAGGGGAAAGUGAAGUUCUGUUUUCUGCAUCUACAGUGUUUCAUAUUCAAAAGCUUCAAGAGGAUUCCAGUGGUAUCUGGCAUAUUUAUUUGUCAAUGAAUAAUGACGGUGACGAGAAAUUACGGUCAUCUCUUAACUAUUAUCGAAAAAAAACAGCUGCCAGACAUCUUCUACAUCGUUUCGCCAAACUACUAUUUGAGAUGGGUCAACUCAAUGAAAGUGAACAAUUUUACCGGCAUCUCCUUGGUGAUCCUUCGUCAUCGACCUCGAUCGUUGCACGGGAUAAUAUGACACGAAUUCACUGCCAUAUGGAGCUGACUCGCAUUUUCAGAAUUAAAAAACAAUAUACUCAACUCAUCGAAAACGCGAAAGAAACUGUUAAAAUCCUAAAAAACAUUCAAUCUCCAUCUCGAAUCCUUCUGAAUCUUAUGGACCUAAUACUCGCUGAGGUGUAUUUAGACAGCGAGAACUAUGACGAUGCCCAGAAGUUCUUCUUUAAGAUUGUAGAUAACUCAGUAUCCAAUCUGUCAGAUAGUGACGGUCAGAAGUAUAUUGAACUGAUUAUAACGUGCUUAAGUAACCUCUUACAGAUAUGUAUUCAAUGUCCAGGUGAUGAGAAUUUAUUCGAAAGAAUUCAGACACAAUGGACAGUACUGUCAAAGUCACUUUCGACAAGUGGUGUAUUUGCUGCUACAAUACAUCAUCAAUUCGCCAUCAAUUUUGAGAAUAGAAAUCGUUUUAAAGAGGCUCUCGAGCACGCAGAAAAAGCGGAAAGUAUAGUUACAAAUGUGUUGCCUUACGAUCAUCCUAUCAUCAAUCAGUACAAGCAACAUAUUGACGCGAUUCGUGGCAAAUUAAUCACCAACGAACGUUAG